AGUGAGCCUCUUACAGCAUUUUGGGACAUAGUUCGCAACUCGACACAACCUAUAGAGUUAUCUAUAGACAACAGCACUGAGACACAACCAGGGCACGUGUGUUCGUGUAGUAGAGGGAAAUAACUUUACAUGCCACACACGCGCACUCGUGCGCGCCAGCUUGCUUUAAAACUGGCGUGCCAAACGAUGAAUGAAUAUCCUCAAGUGUAAAGCCAAUGGGAUAUUACUGUACUCCAGUACUUCAGAUGUUAAAACUGUGCAGUGACGGACGGUAUUGGAAAAAAAUAUUCUCGGGCUUUCUCUAGUUUUGUUUCUGACUCUUCAGGUUGGAUUAAGCAAGAUUGAGGUUUUACAGGUCUCCCAUGAUGUAGUUCAUGACAUGAUGGGCAUCAGUGAAUCAACAAGCAUCACUUUCCAAAGUCACCCAGAGAUGAUCUGAGACUGAUCUGAGAUCUGUUAGCACCUCUUACCAAACUCACAACCAUGAUUGACCUGAGCUAUCUGACAGACGAGGAGCAGGGAAAGAUACUGGCAGUGCUGAAGAGAGAUACCAAGCUCAAGAACUCAGAAGAACAAAGAAUCAAGAAGCUACAUAAGACAGAGAAAGAUAAAAGCAGGCUGAAGUAUUUGACUGGGGAGUGGUUCUAUGAGUCAAAAUAUCACAGACACAGAGACAAGAUCCAUGGCUCCGACAUCAUCAGAGCGUCGAUGGGACUGAGAAAACCCGUGACCAUAUUGGAACUUUCUCAGAGAUGGGAUGAGAAAGCCAGUUUUGUGAACCGUGAGAAGAGAGAUGUUUUCAUUCCUCCAGAACUCGUAGGGCUUAUUGAGGAGCCAUCCACUCAAUCCCAGAGUGACAGGGUGGAUGAUCGUCAUUCUCGAGACACCCAGGAACGACAGAGACCUCAAAUCAGGCCCAGACAGAAUCCCUUCAAUAGCGUGAACUCGCAGAGAGUCGCAGACAGGCAUAUCAAUGGAGUGAAGGAGGCUGACCAGACACCUACUGAGGAUCAUCAUGAGCUUUGUGCUGAGCCUCAGUCCACACAGGUGUCCAACUUCCGCUCCACUGCUGAUAUUACAGGUGACAGUGAAGAAGACUGCCCCGUCAAAGUUGCUCUGGAACAUGCCAAAGCCAGACCCAUUUCUAUUUCCAAGAGUCUAGAAGACCUGGCAUCCACCCCCUCAUUGUCCGCAGUGACUCCAAACACAAAAACAUCUUUCUCAGACCCGGAGCAGAUGAAGAUGCUGAGUAUGUCUGUACCUGCAUUCAAUCACCAUGAGAUGGAUUACAGAAAAACUGACUCUGCAUCAGUGAGCAGUUUCGAUUUCGACAGACUGGAAGCAUACAAUACUUCCUCUAGUAUUUGCUCUGAAGUGGCAUCCAUGUCUUCUGUUACUGGCAGUGCAAUGAGUAUCUACAGUAGUGAUUUUCGUAAUGUGGAGGUCAAAGGCACAAUCCAGUUUGGCAUUCACUAUUUGCAAAAACGGGGAGAGUUCCACAUCUUCGUGGUGCAGUGCAAACAUCUUGCUGUGGCAGAUCCUAAGAGGAACCGGUCUGACCCGUACGUUAAAUGUUACUUACUACCCGACAAAGCAAAAUAUGGAAAGAAGAAAACCUGUGUGAGGAAGAAAACGCUGGAUCCAACAUACAACGAAAUUCUGCGGUUCAAGAUUCCAAUGGAUACUUUAAAAACUCAGAAACUAAACCUCUCUGUGUGGCACAAUGACACAUUUGGCCAUAACAGCUUUCUUGGAGAGGCUGAGCUUGAUCUGGCUGAAUGGGACUUCAAUAACACACAACUGAAUGAAUAUCUACUUAAAGGAAGGCAGGUUCAAGUUCUUCUCAGCCCAAAACAUUCUGCCUGUAGUGAAGAAAUAAGAGCAGAGAUGAGAGUCGCUCUUCGUUUUCUCUCACGGACUUCUGACACUCACAAAAACAAAGUGAAUGGCGAGGUGCAAAUCUGGGUGAAAGAAUGCAAGAAUCUGCCUAUUUCCAGAGGUUCUAUCGACCCUUUUGUUAAAUGCACAAUCCUUCCAGAUACCAUCCGAAAAAGCCGUCAGAAGACCAGAGUGUUGAAAAAAGCAUGCAACCCAGAGUUUAAUCAUACUAUGGUGUAUGACGGCUUCAAGCCUGAGGACCUGAAAGAGGCCUGCGUGGAGCUUACCGUGUGGGAUCAUGACCGACUCCACAACUACUUCAUUGGGGGUAUUAGGCUUGGUCCUGGUACAGGUAAAAGUUACGGCGCUGAUGUAGACUGGAUGGACUCUAACGGUGCUGAAGCAGCCCUAUGGGAGAGAAUGAUGCAGUGUCACAAUGAAUGGGUGGAAGGUGUACUACCUUUGAGAAUGCUGGUUAUGGCUAGAAUGUCUAGAUAGUCCAGACUUUUGAACACAAAAGGACAAGAAAAAUGAGGGUGAAUUGAAGAAUAUGAAAUAAUUUUGAUGUAUGAAUUGGAUCAUUUCUUUUUUUGUGAUUUUACAUAGGCCUAUUUAAUAUAUAAACAUUGGUGGUUUCUUGAAAGUAUGGAUACGGAAAACAUGAAAAAUAUGGUAAUUAAAAAUACUAUGCUUUUUGUGAAGUAUGGCUUCCAUAUCUUAAAAACACACAAAAAAACAUUUAUAUUUUCAAGUUAUAAUUUUUUUUGUUUAUAAAUUGCUUCUGGGAUGUUCUUAAGACACUGCCUAAAUACAAUGUAAUUUAAUAAACCUUUUAAACUGACAAACUGUACUUACGUUUAAGUUUAAAAUGGAAAAUGCUGAAUAUCUUGUACUAACAAAUAACAAGAAUUGUUUUGAAAAUACUAAAAGUUCCGUAUGCUGCUUUCCAGACAUGUCGGAUUUAAGAUAUUUCCCACCUUAGCCCGGAAAUCAUUUCUGAAACAGCGCUGUUUAAAUGUUAAU